UGUUCAGUCCUCUCACUUUAUUAGCCGUCUACCGCCGUUGCAAUGCUCUUGAACCUCCGGCGAGCCACCGCACUACGCUGUGUCCCAGUUCCAACUCUCUUUCCUCAUCUUCUCCACUCAACCCUUUCUCUCUCCUCAAACCCAAUUCAACACACUCCCAUCGAACCCCUCACCAAACCCCAGCUCAAAACCCUAGUCCUCUCUCACUACCGCCAUGGCAAGUUCUCCAACCUCCUCCAAAAUGUUGUCGCUUCUCCGUCCAUCCUCCUCACCGCUUGCCACAACCUCAAACCCCUCCAAACCCACAACGCCACUCAACCCAACUCGCCCGAGCCACCCAUUCUCAACUGGGUCCAAGAAACGGCGACCGAACUCGGAAACAACCGGUUCGACGUCGAGUCGUGCUGCGUGGCGGUCGGGUCAAUGGGUAAGAGAGGUGAGUCGCUUGUUCUUCCAAAUUUGAAGCUCAAAGUUGUGAUUGAAGCUAUUAGGAUUGUGUUAGAGGUUGUUUAUGAUGAUAGGUUCGCUACGUUUGCUUAUGGUGGGAGAGUGGGUAUGGGACGACACACCGCAAUUCGAUACCUCAAGAACUACGUAGAAAACCCUAGUUGGUGGUUUACAGUGUCGUUUGAUCGACAAAAGUUUGAUUUUGAUCAUGUUGAGAUGUUAUGCUCUAUUAUGGAAGAGAAAAUUGGAGAUGAGAUGUUGAUUGGUGUGAUCAAGAGGUUUUUUAAAUUGGGAGUGGUGAGGAUUGAAUUAGGUGGAUGUUAUUUAGGGAGGGGGUUUCCUCAAGAAAGCGCAUUGAGUUCGAUUUUGAUUAAUGUUUAUUUUGAUGGGUUUGAUAGGGAAAUUCAAGAGUUACGCCUACAAACAAACCGGGAGAAUCCCAAGUUCGAGUCAGAUGAGCUUGAAACAAUGUCUAGUAAUGUUUUCUAUAAGCCAUUGAAGAUUCAUGUGGUUAGGUACUUGGAUGAGAUACUAUUGGUCACUUCAGGGACAAAGAUGUUGACUAUGGAUUUGAAGAAGAGGGUUGUAGAUUUUUUGGAAAAUACUUUGGAAUUGAGGGUAGAUAGAGUGAAAACAGCGAUUCAUAGUGCAAUUACAGAAAAGAUUGAUUUUUUGGGAAUGGAACUUCAGGCCGUUCCUCCUUCAGUUCUGCGUCCGCCUAUGUCUGAGAAAGCGAUUAGGGCACGGGAGAAGUACCUCAGACAGAAAGAAGUUAGGUCAUUAGAAUUGAGGAAUGCUAGAGAGACUAACAGGAAGAAACUUGGGGUGAAACUUAUGGGUCAUGUUUUUAAGAAGUUGAAACAGAGUAAUGGAUUCAAAUUUGAUUUCCAUAUUGAGAAUGAAGUGAGACAAAUUUUUAGAACAUGGGCUGAUGAAACAGUGCAUGAGUUUUUGGGUACUUUGGAUGAGCGAUGGAGCUGGCAUAGGGAGCUAUCUGCUGGUGAUUUUCUCUCUUUAAGCAGAAUACGAAAUCAAUUGCCCGAAGGGCUUGUGGAAUCAUAUGAUAAGUUUCAAGAGCAAGUUGACAAAUAUUUGAAGCCGGAGAAAGCUAGAAAGGCAUUAGAGGAAGAAGAGAGGAGGAUAGAAGAGGAAGAGGAACGGAGAUAUGCUGAAAGAACAGUUGAAGAUUUGGCGAAACUGUGUCUAAAAGUCUCUGCUCCCAUAGAACUCAUAAGGAAGGCAGUUAAAAUGGCUGGAUUUACAAAUCAUAUGGGCCGUCCUAGGCCCAUUGGCCUACUCAUGCCUCUUGAAGAUAGUGAUAUCAUAAGAUGGUAUGCGGGUGUAGGGAGAAGAUGGCUUGAUUUCUUUUGCUGUUGCCACAACUUUAAAAUGGUGAAAACUUGUGUAACUUAUCACCUAAGGUUCUCUUGUAUCUUGACAUUAGCAGAAAAGCAUGAAGCGACAAAGCGUGAGGCAAUCAGACACUAUACUAAGGAUUUGCAAGUUCCUGAUGUUAAUGGAGUUGAAGAAGUGCAUUUUCCUACAGAAAGGGAGAUCAAGAUGAUGGGAGAUAAUAAUCUUGUGGAUCCAAAACCAGUGGAUGGGUCUAUAACAAUGGUUCUGAUCAGAUUGGCUUCUGACGAGCCUUCAUACAAAUGUGUCGCUCAUUUCUGCGACAGAACAGACACUAUUGUGUACCGAAUUCGGUUACUGCAGAAAGAUUUGAAUAUAAACCCGUCAGAUGAAAAGAAGUGGGUUCAUGGGAUGGGCACGAUUCAUGAAUGUCUGAAUCGCAAGUGUCUCCCUCUAUGUUGUGAUCACAUAAACGCAUUACAUACGGGAAAAAUUACUCUCCAAGAUAUCGAUUGUACUUCAUUUGUUGACGUGGACUGAAUGGUGUUUGGGCACGAUUCAUGAAUGUCUGAAUCGCAAGUGUCUCCCUCUAUGUUGUGAUCACAUAAACGCAUUACAUACGGGAAAAAUUACUCUCCAAGAUAUCGAUUGUACUUCAUUUGUUGACGUGGACUGAAUGGUGUUUGAUUCCUCCUCUCUGUAUACAGUAUCAUGAAUUUUGAUUGCUCAAAAGGCUGUUUGCUGCAUCAAGCUGCACUCGAGAGAUUGUUGUAACUUCUUUGUCAACUGUAAUGGAUUGUUGAGUUGAGUUGUACAGACUACCAAAAGCCUUCAAAAAUUAUGUAGCAAUUUGGGCUUGCCCUUGUCACUAGAAGAAUGCUUCACAAAUGCUUGGGCUUCUUUAGGUUGACGAUCCUUUGUAUGUUAUCAUUGCAGACAACACUGAGAUAUACACAUGGGAAUGUUGAUUAUCCUUAUUUCUUUAACCAAA